GAGUAGCAAUACUUUGAACACCCUUCUCUCCUUCCACGAAUAGAGCAAUUUGAACAAAAAUCAUGGUCCCAACCAAUUACUCUCACUAUUUUUCUCUCCUUUCUUCUUGCAAAAAUAUGAGCUCCCUUCUCAGCAUUCAUGGCCGUUUGGUAGUUCUGGGUAUGUCCCAUACCAAUUCAAUCCUUACCCAUUUGAUAAACACCUAUUCUUCACUCCAAAAAUGUGAUUUUGCUAAGUUGGUUUUCGAUUCUGUAACAAACCCAGAUGUAAUUUUGUAUAAUUCGAUGAUUAGAGCAUAUUCAAGGUCUGAUCAAUUUGAUAAAGCAUUAGAAUUGUAUGGUAGAAUGUUAGAAAGAGAAUUAGUGCCUGAUAAAUAUACUUAUACUUUUGUGCUUAAAGCUUGUGCUGGUAAUUUUGACUUAAAAGAGGGUGUUAGGGUUCAUAAUGACGUGAUUAGAAGAAAAUUGGAGUUGGACGUGUAUAUUUCCACUAGUUUGGUUGAUAUGUAUUGUAAAAUGGACCGACUUGAUCAUGCACGGGAAGUGUUUGAUAAAAUGCCUAAGACAGAUAUUGUUUCUUGGAAUGCUAUGAUUGCUGGACUUUCAAAGGAUGGGCCUGAUGAAGCAUUGGGGUUUGUCCGGGAAAUGCAGCGAGUUGAGGUUGUGCCGAAUUCUGUUACAUUGUUGAAUAUGUUUCCUAGUGUUUGUAAAUUGGAGAAUGUAAGGUUGUGUAGGUCAAUUCAUGGCUUUGUGAUCAGGAGAGGUUUUCCAACUAAAGUUUACAAUGGAUUGAUUGAUAUAUACUCUAAAUGUGGGUUUUUAGAAUAUGCUCGAACUGUUUUUGAUCAGUUGCGUGGUAGGGAUCAUGUGUCGUGGGGAACGAUGAUGGCUGGUUAUGCUCAUAAUGGAUAUUUCUGUGAAGUCUUGGAGUUAUUUGAUGAGAUGAAGGGUAAGAGUGCAGUGAUGAAUAAAAUCUCUGUUGUUAGUUCCUCUUUAGCUGCUUCCCAGUUGAGAGAUUUAGAGGAAGGGAAGGAGAUUCAUAAUUGUGCAAUGCAAUAUCGUAUUGACUCAGAUACUAUAGUUGCUACUUCUCUGAUGACAAUGUAUGUAAAAUGUGGAGAUUUAGGAAAAGCCAAUCAAAUUUUUAGGGCACUCAAGGAAAAAGAUUUGAUUGCUUGGUCUGCUUUAAUUGCUGCAUUUGUACAAUGUGGGUUCCCUGUAGAAGCAGUAUCACUAUUUCGUGAAAUGGUGCAUGAUAAGCUAAAACCAAGUAGUGUAACUCUGUUGAGUAUCUUUCCAGCUUGCGCAGAACUUUCAUCCGGAAAACCAGGAAAAAGCAUUCACUGUUAUUGUCUUAAAGCAGGUACUGAUUCAGAAAUUGCAGUCGGGAAUGGCCUAGUUUCAAUGUACGCUAAGCGGGGGUUGUUCACUCAGGCUCUGGCCUUCUUUUAUAGAAUGCCGAGCAAAAACAUAGUUUCCUACAAUUCACUGAUAAGUGGAUAUUCUCAUAGUGGCAACAUAUGUCAAGUGAUGAAAAAAUUUCUUGAAUUACUAACUUCAGGGUUAAAACCUGAUUUUGAAACUAUGGUGAGUGUGAUCCCAUCUUGUGCACUUUCUCAAGAUCUAAAACAAGGGACAUGUGUUCAUGGCUUGAUUUUAAAAGGCGGAUUCGCAUCUGAGUGUCAUGUAAAGAAUGCUUUGAUUGACAUGUAUGGCAAGUGCAACAGGAUAUGUUCCGCUGAGAAGUUAUUUAAUGAAAUGGACUCCAUCAAAGACGAGGUUACUUGGAAUGCCAUAAUUUCCAGUUAUGUGCAUAACAGGAAGUCCAAAGAAGCUCUUUAUGCCUUUUGUCGGAUGAAAUCUGAAGGACUACAGCAUUCUGCAGUUUCUAUGGUAAGUGUCCUUCCUGCAGUAGCAGAUCUAACUGCUCUCCCAGAAGGUAUGGCACUUCAUGCCUGUACAACAAAAAUGGGGUUUCAGUGCAAUACACACAUUAGUAAUAGUCUUAUUGAUAUGUAUGCCAAAUGUGGACACUUUGAUUGUUCAGAGAAAUUAUUUGAUGAGAUGAAAAACAAAGAUACAGUAACAUGGAAUACAAUGCUUGCUGGGUAUGCCUUUCAUGGGCAUGCAGCUCGUGCUGUUGAACUUUUUUCACAGAUGCAAUGUGAUAACGUUAUGGUUGACUCAGUGACUUUUCUGAGUGUCCUGUCAGCAUGCAGACAUGGUGGUUUGGUAGAAGAAGCAAGAAGAAUAUUCAAUUCCAUGCAUGAAAAGUUCCAUCUUCAACCCAAAUUGGAGCACUAUGCUUGCAUGGUUGAUUUGUUGGGCCGUGGUGGUCUAUUUAGUGAAAUCACAAACCUCCUGAAUCAAAUGCCAGUCGAACCUGAUGCUGCUGUUUGGGGAGCUUUAUUGGGCGCAUGUAGAAUGCAUUCUAAUUCAGACUUGGCAGAAAUGGCAUUGAACAAGUUAGUGGAACUUGAGCCUGGAAACCCCGCACAUUUUAUUGGUUUAUCAAAUAUUUAUGCUCAAUCUGGUAGGUGGGUUGAGGCUAAAAACAUGAGGUUGCAACAAAGUGAUGCUGGGCUCAAGAAAAUCCCGGGAUGCAGUUGGGUUUAGGUCAAGAAAACUUUUAGAUUUCAGAAAGAUACUUGAAUCUGGUAGCUGUGAGCCUCUGAUGAGAGCAUGUAACAGAAUUUUGUGGUUACUUCCAUACCAAUUUGUGAGAAAGUGAGCUCCACAUAUUUCUUUAUGCACUCACAGAAGAAGAUUGGCCGUGACUAUGCUCACCAAGGACCAAAACCAUUGUUCAGAUAUGUAUUAUUUCGAGGAAGAGAAGACAGCAGAGAUUGCAGCCUAUUAUAAAACACGAAGAUAUAACAGUUGUAUGAUAAUACCAUUUAUGCUGAACAGCGGCCAAAAACAAUGGAGUGUCUUAUCAGUUUUUCAGAAAGUAUGAUUAAAACAUCAGUGAGUUUGGCUGUUACUGCAUCAAUAAUGCUGCAAGCAUGAAACACAUCCGCAGCGAAUUUCUGCAUAAGCUUUGCCAUGUCUGUAGCUCAAACUUUGUUUGCAGCACUGGAUUGUGAUCAGCUCAGACAGAACUGCUC